CGGGCUCCCCGGCCGGGGCCGGGCAAACUUUUCUUUCUCUUUUGCCCUCUCCUGAGGCGCCUUCUGCGGCGGGCGGACCGACUCCUCGGCGCGGCGGGGCCGGGGCAGGCUGGACGCAGCAUGAUGCGCGCAAUGUGGGAGGCGCUGGCGGCGCUGGCGGCGGUGGCGUGCCUGGUGGGCGCGGUGCGCGGCGGGCCCGGGCUCAGCAUGUUCGCCGGCCAGGCGGCGCAGCCCGACCCCUGCUCGGACGAGAACGGCCACCCGCGCCGCUGCAUCCCGGACUUUGUCAACGCGGCCUUCGGCAAGGACGUGCGCGUGUCCAGCACCUGCGGCCGGCCCGCCGGGCGCUACUGCGUGGUGAGCGAGCGCGGCGAGGAGCGGCUGCGCUCCUGCCACCUCUGCAACGCGUCGGACCCCAAGAAGGCGCACCCGCCCGCCUUCCUCACCGAUCUGAACAACCCGCACAACCUGACGUGCUGGCAGUCCGAGAACUACCUGCAGUUCCCGCACAACGUCACGCUCACGCUGUCGCUCGGCAAGAAGUUCGAGGUGACCUAUGUGAGCCUGCAGUUCUGCUCGCCACGGCCCGAGUCCAUGGCCAUCUACAAGUCCAUGGACUACGGGCGCACGUGGGUGCCCUUCCAGUUCUACUCCACUCAGUGCCGCAAGAUGUACAACCGGCCGCACCGUGCGCCCAUCACCAAGCAGAACGAGCAGGAGGCCGUGUGCACCGACUCGCACACCGACAUGCGCCCGCUCUCGGGCGGCCUCAUCGCCUUCAGCACGCUGGACGGGCGGCCCUCGGCGCACGACUUCGACAACUCGCCCGUGCUGCAAGACUGGGUCACGGCCACCGACAUCCGCGUGGCCUUCAGCCGCCUGCACACGUUCGGCGACGAGAACGAGGACGACUCAGAGCUGGCGCGCGACUCGUACUUCUACGCCGUGUCCGACCUGCAGGUGGGCGGCCGCUGCAAGUGCAAUGGCCACGCGGCCCGCUGCGUGCGCGACCGCGACGACAGCUUGGUGUGCGACUGCAGGCACAACACGGCCGGCCCGGAGUGCGACCGCUGCAAGCCCUUCCACUACGACCGGCCCUGGCAGCGCGCCACAGCCCGCGAGGCCAACGAGUGCGUGGCCUGUAACUGCAACCUUCACGCCCGGCGCUGCCGCUUCAACAUGGAGCUUUACAAGCUGUCGGGGCGCAAGAGCGGAGGCGUCUGCCUCAACUGUCGCCACAACACGGCCGGCCGCCACUGCCACUACUGCAAGGAGGGCUACUACCGCGACCUGGGCAAGCCCAUCACCCACCGCAAGGCCUGCAAAGCCUGCGAUUGCCACCCUGUGGGCGCCGCUGGCAAAACCUGCAACCAGACCACGGGCCAGUGUCCCUGCAAGGAUGGUGUGACUGGCAUCACCUGCAACCGCUGUGCCAAGGGCUACCAGCAGAGCCGCUCCCCCAUCGCCCCCUGCAUAAAGAUCCCCGUGGCACCGCCGACCACUGCAGCCAGCAGCGUGGAGGAGCCCGAAGACUGUGAUUCGUACUGCAAGGCCUCCAAAGGGAAGCUGAAGAUUAACAUGAAAAAAUACUGCAAGAAGGACUAUGCCGUCCAGAUCCACAUCCUCAAGGCGGACAAGGCGGGGGACUGGUGGAAGUUUACGGUGAACAUCAUCUCCGUGUACAAGCAGGGCACCAGCCGCAUCCGCCGCGGUGACCAGAACCUGUGGAUCCGCUCGCGGGACAUCGCCUGCAAGUGCCCCAAAAUCAAGCCCCUCAAGAAGUACCUACUGCUGGGCAACGCGGAGGACUCGCCCGACCAGAGCGGCAUCGUGGCGGACAAGAGCAGCCUGGUGAUCCAGUGGCGGGACACGUGGGCGCGGCGGCUGCGCAAGUUCCAGCAGCGCGAGAAGAAGGGCAAGUGCAAGAAGGCCUAG